UCCAAUAUUAAUUUAGGAAUAUUUUAUUAACUCUUUUAAUUAUUUCAAUUUUGUAGCUUGAACCCCAUAUGUUUGACUAUGUGGGGUCGAUUUGUCCAAGACGAAUGUCAGAAAAUAUCAGAUAUUAUUGAAGAUAAGCCGAUAAUACUUGGAACAAAAAUAUCUGUUGGAUCAUAUAACGGUAUUUAUAAUAAUAAAACAGCUUAGAUAUUUUUCCGUAUCGUAUAUACCAGCACUAAUAUUGAUGUCAAUUUCAUCAAAGGAUUGUCUCUAUCAUCACGUCCAUCAAGUACUUUUAUAAUCAAUCCUCUUCUUCCUGAGGCAGCUGCAAUGAAGCAAUGGUAAUUCUUGAAAAUUAACAAUUACAUAUUAAUGCAUUCUUAUUAGAGUUAUUUAUGUGAUUUAUGUAAUUUACAUGUAUAUUUCAUUUCCUUACAUUAUUAUUCUUUUCUGAUUUUUAAGGGCGGAGAAUAACGAUUUGAUAAUUAGAAGUAUUAUUGCAAGAUCCUUGACCUACCCAUCUGCACCACUGUCAUCUGUUGGUAUUCGGGAAAUUGUGAAGAAUUGUGAUAUUGCAGGGUUGAUUAAGGGUUUACAACCCAUGGCGGUAAAUAUUAUUUUAUUAGUAAUAAAUUAAAAUAUUUACACAAACAUUCAUUCUAAAAAUUUAUUAUAAUUUAAUGCAGAAAGCAAAAUUCUGGAUAAAGGCGAAGGUAAAUGUUAUUGACAUCACCCAAGUUUUUUAUUACAUGUCAUGCAUUGGCUGUAAUAAAGGAACUGGAUAUAAAUACAAUGAAAGCUUCGUUUGUAUGUAUUGCAAAAACCAAGGGGUCUGCAAACCACGUGCUAGGGCAUAUGUUGAACUGGACGAUAACACUGGAAAGCUAGCUGCUACUAUGUUCGGUGAAGUAGCAGAACAGGCACUUGGUUGUUCAGCAGUUGAAUUGAUGGAACGUGCUGGAGAGGAAAAUCCACCGUAUGUUAAACGCAUUGCGGACAAAUUAUCAAAAAAAAUUUGGAAGAUUCAAGUCUAUGCAGAUCCAGAGAAACUAAAGGAGAAAAAAUAUAGGCAAUUUAAUGUCCUCUCUAUUGAAGCGGUGGAAGAUGAAGAAAAUGCUGGAUCGUCAUGUUAGAAUCAAAAUGAUCUCAAAUAGCUUUCAUAGAACUAUGAGUGAUGUUUAUUUAUAGUUUCAUGUUAUAGAUUCUAUUAAUGCUCUUCUUUUUUAAUAUAUCACAAUGUUUCAUUAUCUAUUAAUUAUAUAAACAUUACAUCAUUAGUUAUUUAAUUAACCAAAAAUAUUACAUCUUUAGUAAU